CCGUCCAUCCACCUGUUUCUUGUAUGUAAUCUGUACUCCUAACAUAUGUUUAUCUGCAUAUAAAUACUCCAUUUUAACACCGUUCUUCCUUCCUUUGAAUCGCUCCUCUCUCUUAUUUCUCUUUCAAGAUUCACUUCACUCUUCUCUCUUUUUCUCCAUAUAUUAUGGGUUUCCCAGCUAACAGCGAAAAGCCAUCCAAGUUCUUGAUCUAUGGCCGAACCGGCUGGAUUGGUGGCAUACUCGGCAAGCUCUGUGAAGCUCAAGGUAUAGACUACGUAUACGGGUCGGGUCGGUUAGAAAACCGGAGCUCUUUGGAAUCCGACAUAUCCACCGUCAAACCGACCCAUGUAUUCAACGCAGCUGGAGUCACUGGCCGGCCUAACGUUGACUGGUGUGAAUCCCAUAAGGUGGAGACCAUCAGAACUAAUGUGGUCGGUACCUUAACGCUUGCUGAUGUUUGUAGAGAGAAGGGCUUGAUCCUUAUCAACUAUGCUACUGGAUGUAUAUUUGAAUACGAUGCGGGUCGCCCGUUAGGGUCGGGUAUCGGGUUCAAGGAAGAGGAUACUCCUAAUUUCACUGGAUCUUUUUAUUCAAAGACUAAAGCUAUGGUGGAGGAAUUGCUGAAGAACUAUGACAACGUCUGUACUUUACGAGUCAGGAUGCCCAUCUCUGCUGACUUGACCAACCCCCGAAACUUCAUCACCAAGAUCACUCGAUAUGAGAAGGUAGUCGACAUCCCAAACUCAAUGACAAUCUUAGAUGAACUUCUCCCGAUAUCCCUCGAGAUGGCAAAGAGAAACUUGACUGGCAUAUGGAACUUCACAAAUCCCGGAGUUGUUAGCCAUAAUGAGAUUCUUGAAAUGUACCGUGACUAUAUCGACCCGAGCUUUAGCUGGAAGAAUUUCACUCUUGAGGAGCAAGCAAAGGUCAUUGUUGCUCCUAGGAGUAACAAUGAGCUUGAUGCUUCAAAACUGAGCAAGGAAUUCCCUGAAAUGAAGUCAAUUAAGGAAUCCCUCAUUGAGUAUGUUUUCAAGCCGAAUAGGAAAACACUAGUAGCUUGAAACUUAGAGAAAAACUCCAUUUUAUUUUUUGUUUUGCCUUGUUGAAUGAAUCAACUAUGUUUCAGUUCUAAUAGCUGGGGUUGGCUUGUCUUUUGUCUUGUCAUUUUCUGAUUUGAGUUUCUUUGGGAAGAUGUGAACUCCCUAUCAUAGGAGGUGGAGGUGCAACCUUUUCCUGUUUCUUUUCUUUUCCUUUUUUGUUGUAUUGAAUGCUGUAAUGGUAUUUAUUUCACGAAUAAAUUGAAAAUGAUAUGCCAAUUGGGUGAUUAAAUGUUGCAAAGAA